AUGAGGCCGGGGCAGCCGGUCCUGCUGCUGGUGCUGGCUCCGGCCCUGGCCGUGAGGCCCCUGCCACAGGAGCAGAAACCCAAGGAGGCCCACACCCUCAACUGGAACAAGCUUUCAGGCUUCUGGUAUAUUCUGGCUGUCGCCACGGACACGCAGGGGUUCCUGCCGGCCAGAGACAAGAGGAAGCUGGGGGCGUCCGUGCUGCGGGUGCACAAGAGGGCCCAGCUCAAGGUGGUCGUCGCCUUUAGCCGGCCGCAGGGGUGCCAGUCCCAGGAGGUGACCUUGAAGAAGGACAGGAAGAAGGCCGUGUUCCGCAACACCUGUGCGUAUGGGGGGCUGAGAGAAAGGUGGGGGCAGGGGGUGAGAGGGGUGAAGGCCUUCCGCGUGGUGUCCACCGACUACACCUAUGGCCUGGUCUACCUGCAGCUGGGCCGUGCAGACCGCAACCACAAGACCCUGCUGCUCUUCCACAGACAGAAUGUAUCGAGCUUCCAGAAUCUGAAAGAAUUCAUGGACAAGUGCGACGUCUUGGCGCUCAGCGAGGCCGCUGUCGUUCUCCCGAAAGACGGUAAAUCCUGA